AUGGCGAACCGGUUCCGGACGAAGACCCUGCUUAUGCAAAGCCCACAUGAUGCGGCACAGAAUGAGGCGGAAAGGAUUCUCCGCCGGCUUUGCCCCGAUAUGUCGCAGGCGAGCCUUCGACACCUGCGACAGGAGAGGAUACAACAAGAAUGCGACCUGGCAGCCCUUGACAAGGAAGACUUGCAGCAGCUCGGCUUAUCGAUGGUGCAGCGUGCGCGUGUGCUCACCUGGUCCCGUGCCAAAAACUCGACGGGACCGGGCUCGCAACGGCAACGAGAUGCCGCAGAGGAGGACGAGGAUGCGCAGAAGGUGUCGCCGAAGUUUGAGUUCGAGCGGGAGCAGUCCGCAUCAGAAGCAGAGGCAAGCUUUCGCCUCGACACCGUGGAGUCGGAUGGCGACUUCUGGUGCGACUUGUGGAACACCUGGAGCUUGCAGGAGCCCAGUGGCGAGUGCCCGUGCAUCUUCGAUGCCACGCAGCUUGUCGGGCCUAGCCUUCACAACCGCCACGACGACGUCCGGGAGGAUCUUUUGGAGUCGCUUUUCGAUUUAAGUCCUGAGCGUAUCUUCGAAGUCUUCCAGGCACACUCUUCCAGAUAUCACUUCCUAAAGACGGGCAGACAGCUCUCGAGUGCCUUGGGGGCUUAUGGGCUUCCAGAACCAGCCAAGCCGAUUCGGCAAAAGAUAAUAUCCGCAGUUUGUCAGAACGCAGACUUGGGUCUUCAACUGCAAGAGUUUGAGGCCAUCGUCUCUCGAACGAUCUUGGCUCGCUUGGUGACGGGCCUGGAGCAACACUGUCAGGCCAUUAAGUGCUUGAAGGUGACUGACUACAGCACACGCAGUAUCGAGCCUGACACGCCAAAGUCACUGCCGGAGGAUCAAUGCAGGCGGUUUUUCUUCGGCCACAGAUCAACACAAGCCGUGCAUGGACAGUCUGCGGUGCGAUGGGUGCACGUUACGGGGCUUGAGCUGUCCGUAGUCUUGGCUUUGGCUGUGAAGUACAGCUUGCACCCCCUCGCAGUUGAGGAUACCAUCCAGCAGAACCCUUGCAAGAUUGAUCGGUAUGGAGAUCACUAUUUUGGCACCAUCGAGCGCAUAUCCUUGACCCAUCAAAGAAAGGAGCAUGGACCAGUUGAGGUCCUGGGUCAUCACGUAUCUUUUUUCUGCUCUGGUGCUCCUAACAUGGACACGGUCAUCACCGUUUGUCAAGAGGAUCAGUCUUUCGAGAAGGAGUGGCCUCAUGCGGGCAACACCUUGGUGUCUACGACGCUACAACGGCCCGAGCUGAAGCUUAUGAAGAUCGAGAAGCGGCUGCGACAGCCCAUGUCGCGGCUGCGAGAGCGGCGGGCCAACUUCUUCGUGCAUGCGGUGCUGGAUAUCUGCGCCGACGAAAUCAGUGAUGUAGUGCGUGCUUUUGGCAAUCGGCUGCAAGUCCUCGAACAGGAUGCCAGCCAAGCGAACAGGGUAGAUUCGGCGGGCGAGGAGGCUGCAACCAUUCGCACGCAGCUGGCUCUUGUGGAUCGCCGUGCCAAAAGCCUCCAGAGAGUCGUCCGGCGGCUGCUCUCCGACGAAGAUUUCUCCGAAGGAAUGUUCAGCUACCUCAGCGAUGUGGUGGAUCACUUGGAAGAGGCACGAGAUGACUCCGGCCGCCUUUCCGAAAAGUGCAUGGGCAUCCAGCAAAUGCACGAUCGGUUGGCCGAACAAGAGCAAGACCAGCUGCUGAGGGAUCAGGAGAUGCUGCGAGCCCAGCAGGCAGAUCGCCUGAACAACAUCCUCUUCGUUCUCACUUUGGUCACCACCAUCUUUUGUCCAGCUCAGUUUCUGUGUGGCGUUUACGGCAUGAACUUUGUAGAUGACACUGGGCGCCCAGCAAUCCCCGAGCUGCUCUGGAAGAAUGGCUACCUCUACUUUUGGCUGCUCAUUGUGGGCUACCUGAUCCUGGCUUUCGUCUCUGCGGCACAUCUUUAUCGCUUCUUCAAGUCCGUCGAUGCCAAAGCUAUCGAUGCCGACUCUGUCAGUGCUGAGCAACAGCGAAGCCGUCACACUGUAGGCCGAGGCCACAGGCCUCCGAAAACUUGCAGGCAAUACCACUCCCUCAGCUCUAUGAGUCUCUUGGAUGGUCCUGACCCGGAAGUGCUCCGCAUCCGCUUUGAGGGUAUCGGCUUUGGGAAGAGCGUUCUUUCGACCGGCCUGGAAGAAGUCGGCGACAUCAAAGAAGCAACGGAGCUGAAGUACGUAGGUGUUGGGGAGCUGGAGCAGGCCUACCAAAGUCAGGAUCCGAGCUUCGUGCGAGUCGCAGCACCGGACUAUGCGAGAAGGCUAUUCCACUUCCUGCACAAGAAGAUCCGCGUGUACUUGGAUAUGUUGCCCAAAGUUGACUCCGAUGAGGAGCGGCACAACAAAAAGGGCCAGCAGCUGCUGGACAGGAUUGGAGAUGUCUCCAUGCUGAGCAGGGCGCAGGACCUCAAUGUAAUCGUGGACCCAUGCAGAAGAAACGAAGCCUACAAUGAGCUGCUGGGUCUGCAGGCACCAGUGCUGGUGCGUCAUUCGUUGAUGUCAAAGCCGAUCAUGCCUGUCAUGGCUUGGGACACGAGUUCUCCGAAUCCAAACGUGAACAUCAGAUCCCGGGUCUUCGCAGAAGACCUUCUCUGUGCAGCCAGGCAACCGCUGGCGCUUUGGGGUGCGGCUACAGAUUGUGCUGCAGUGCAACUGCUCUAUGAUUUGGCCUAUACGAAGCUCAUUCGCGGCAUGAAUGAGGCACGUGCGAUGCUCGAUGCCCUCAUGGGCCCUCAGCGAGACAUGCGCAAAAAAGGCAAACACUCGUCAGAUGAUUGGAAAGACAAGACUGUUUGCAAAAGCUUUUUGGUUGGAUUGUGCCCCUACGACAAGGCCGUGCUGGGUGGAAUCCAGAAGCGCGACUUGAAGGUAUGCCCGAAAAUUCAUUCCGACAUCAUCCGAGACAGGUUUCUACAGCAUGCAGAUGGUGCGGAGCAGAGUGAGAUUCGACUCGAAUAUGAGGACGAGUGCUUCAGUCAGUGCGAAGAGAUUCUGGCAGAGUGUGAGACCUUCGGCCUGCAAGAGCUGGAGCGGCUAAAGGAUGACCCCAGGCGGCGUGCUCUGCCGGAGGAGGUGAAGGAGAAGCUCAAGGUAAUGAAGGAAGAGGCAGCUUUCAACUUGAAGCGAGCGGAAGACCUGGAUGCAAUGGCACUUACCACCGGUGGAUACAACAACAUGUCAUCCACUCUUCGCCGGCAAGUUCGGGAACUCAACGCAGAAGCCGAGUCGUUGCAAAGGCUUGAGCUGCGCAAAGCUGCAGAGAAGCUGAAGCCACAGGUCUGCGAGCUGUGCGGAACGGGCUACCUCGACCAGGAAGAGUACGAAGCGCAUCUGAACUUUCGUGUGCAUGAAGGCUACAAGCAGGUUCGUGACAAGUUUGAGGAGCUGGAGAAAAAGCGGGCGCAGCGACCCCACAAGCCCAAGGCCCGGGCAUCAAGUCAGCCGAGCACGACACGAGAUGCCCCGAAGCAAGAUGACCGCAAGACUUCGGAACUCGAAGAAAGGUUGAGGCCGGCGGCGGAACGCCACAAGCAGGCAGACGAGGAGGAAAAGACGACAAAGUCUCGACAAAAGAUCCAUAUCGUUGACGCGAACGAUAGUCGGAAGAGACGGAGACGGACCAACAGCCGCAGCAGACAUGAUCGCAGGGAUAGAGUUCUCAAGGAACCAGGACGACGGUGGGCAGAUGAUCGCAUAAGCAUUUCGGGUGACUACACCGACUACGAAGACGACUAUGAGGAUGACUAUGGCAGUAGCAGGCUGGAGCGUAGGUAUGAAAGACGACAUCGGCCGAUGCGACCUCGGGGUCAGCAUCGCCAUCGAGAAUUCCGCCAGCUGCCGAGCAGGUCGCGCAGACGCCGACGCCACUAG